GCCAUCGCAUUAGUUGCUGGCAUUCUUAUUUACAUACUCUAUAAACAAGCAACCCAAACCGACCACCCCUCUGUCCCCCACCUCCCCAGCGCCCCCAACCCCAUCCCCUUCAUCGGUAACCUCCUCCCCCUCGGCGGCCGCACCCACCGUAACGACAGCACCGUCUAUUCCUCCUGGUCCCGCGACCUCAACACCGACCUCUUUCAACUGCGUCUCGGAAACCAACGAACCAUCGUCGCCUCCAGCUUCUCCACAAUCAAAGACCUCUGGAUCGGGCACUCAAACUCCCUCAUCGACCGCCCCUUUCAACAUGGCUUCGCCGACAAACUCCAGCUUGAUAUCUCUGGUGCCGCGAUGACGGAAGAGAUUAGGAGGUGUAGGAAGGCGGCGAUGAGAGCGUUGGGGAAGCCGAGCUGGGCGGGGUAUUAUCCAUUGCUUGAGCCGAGCAGUGUGGAUUUGGUCGGGAAUGUGUUUAGGAAGGGUGAGAAUGGGGGAAGGGAGUUGGAGAUCUACCCGUAUUUGAGGCAGGUGAUAUUUGAUUUAGCGUUGUCGUUAACAUAUGGAGCAAGGCAGAAGGAUGCGGAUGAUCAGUUUGUGUUGACGUUGAUUAAGAAUAUCAAUAUUAUUUCGAAAGUCCGGUCCUCGACGCAGAGGUUCAGGGAUUACGUCCCGAUUUUGAGAUUCCUCAUCCCUGAUGUAGUCAGUGGGAACGUGGUUGUGACAGCUGAGAAAAUUCGGCAACAACACUUGGAUGUCCUCUACGCUUCACUGAAGAAGAGAAUAGCAGAAGGAGAAGAAGUGAACUGCGUCAUCACCGGACUGGUGAAGGACAAGCUUUCAGAAGAGGAACAACACGGUACAUGCAAAGCACUUCUCCAAGCAGCCCCUGACUCGACAGCUUCUUCCGUAUACAUUGGGGUCGCAUGGCUUUGCAGUCCUGCUGGAAAGGAGUACCAAGAAGAUCUAUACCAUGCUAUUCUCGAGGCAUAUGACGGAAAUAGAGGCAAAGCAUGGGAGAUGGCGUUCAGGGAAGAAAAAGUCCCUCUUAUUGUCUCAUUCUACAAGGAAACGCUUAGAUUCUGGACUGCAACACCAUUCGCAACACCACGUACCACUGUCAACGAUAUCCAAUACAGAGGCACCACUAUCCCGAAAGGAAUAACAAUGAUAAUGAAUGCCCAAGAAGCAAAUCACGACAAGAGCUGGUACGGAGAUGAUGCGGAGACUUUCAACCCGAAACGAUUCAUUGGCAAUGACACAUCACUGCCACAUCUUACUUUUGGCGCUGGGAGUCGUAUCUGUCCAGCAGCUGCAUUGAGCAAUCGAAUUAUCUAG